GCUUCAGUGGGGCUCUCAGACAAGCCACCGGAGCUCCAUCGACAAGAGACCCUCACACACUCGGAGGACACACACUCCUACCUGUGGAUUUCCAUCCGCUACCAUGAUUAAGAAAAUGUCACCGCCCGAGAACGAGUUCGACAUCCCGGCCAAGAACUGCCACAGGAUGGUCAUCCUGGGCUCCACCAAGGUUGGCAAGACGGCGAUCGUUUCCCGGUUCCUGAACGAGCGCUUCGACGACCAGUACACGCCGACCAUCGAGGACUUCCACAGGAAAUUCUACAGCAUCCGUGGGGACGUUUACCAGCUGGACAUUCUGGACACCUCCGGGAAUCACCCCUUCCCAGCGAUGAGGAGGCUCUCCAUCCUGACAGGAGACGUGUUCAUCCUGGUCUUCAGCCUGGACAACCGCGACUCCUUCCAGGAGGUGCAGCGGCUCAAGAGGCAGAUCUUCGAGACCAAGUCGUGCCUGAAGAACAAGACCAAAGAGAACGUGGACGUGCCGCUGGUCAUCUGCGGCAACAAGUGCGACCGCGACCUGUGCCGCGAGGUGACGGACGUGGAGAUCGAGCAGCUGGUGGCGGGCGGCGAGCCGUGCGCGUACUUCGAGGUGUCGGCCAAGCGCAACACCAACGUGGACCUCAUGUUCCACGCGCUCUUCGCCAUGGCCAAGCUGCCCGACGAGAUGAGCCCGGACCGCCACCGCAAGGUGUCGCUGCAGUACGGCGACGUCCUCCGCCGCAAGUCCCUCCGCCAGAAGAAGUUCAGGGAGGGCGGCGACGCGUACGGCAUCGUGGCGCCGUUCGCGCGCAGGCCGAGCGUGCACAGCGACCUCAUGUACAUUAAAGAGAAAGCGGUGGGCGGGAACCAGGCGACCAAAGACCGCUGCGUGAUUUGCUGAGUGAAGGAGCCCCUCCCCCUCUCACACACACACCUACACACACCUUCCUCCACGAGGAGCCGGGGACCCUGCGCGCCAGGAGGCCGCACUGUGCGCGAGGACGCCUGGUCUUCGCCCGGUCCACUGCUGAGGGCGACUCAGCCUCACGAGCGAGAGAGCACGACUCUGGGACUCGAGCCGGACUGUGUCGAGAUGUGGCGACGAGUUUUGCUGUAAAAAAGAAAAGAGUAAGACCACCUGGACAGAGGUGUCCGGACUGCUCGCACCUGGACAGAGGUGUCCGUACUGAGGUGUCCGGCUUGCUGCCACCUGGACAGAGGUGUCCGGACUGCUCGCACCUGGACAGAGGUGUCCGGACUGCUCGCACCUGGACAGCUAGAUGAGACACUUGAGCACUUGUUUACAUUUUGUUAUUUGCCCAUUUUCUAACAGAACUUGACCGUCUGUGGCUUCAUGAACAAAAGAUAUGAAUGUAUAUUUAUUCUUCUAUGUCUGCGUUUACUUUUAUUAAAAAAUGGAAAUAAAAUUUUUAAAAUAA